AUGGCGAAGUCGGCGGAUGCAAAGUCCCUUCUACAAAAUCCUUUUGUCUUCAGUCCUCUCAUCCUGAUAGCUACAUUGCUUGCCCUUGCAGUCGGUAUCUACUUUUCACCAUAUAAGGAUGAUGUGCAGGAGUAUGUGGCCAAGCGCUUCUUGAAGGCAAAGGCCAAAGCAGAACAAGCAGCACUUGAACACACCGGGGAAGAGAAAGCAAGGGGCUUCUUGUAA